UUCUGAUUGUCCUAUUUACAGCAAUCAGCUGUAACAAGUAACAACGCAGUGUGGGCGUCUCCAUAAACUUUGUCUCUUCUCCUUGUCGAAAAGAGGGGGGAGUAGUUACUUUCUCAUCGUUGCAGGCUCCCUCGGUCCCAAGAAACAAAAAACAACACCACAAACAUUACAGAAGCACAAGAAAGAUUAAAGGGGAGCAGAAAUAAUAAAGUUCUAUUUCAAGAGAAAAUUACAAGUGACUGAAAAGCAGGUGGUACAUUCAUUUCUGAAGGGAGAAAGCUUCACGAAGAAAUGGGUCUUUCUUCUUUACUCUUGUAUCUUGCUCUGCUGUUCACCGCCCUCUGCUGGGCGCCAUCUGUAUGUGGAAAUGCCGAGCUAAGAGCUCUGAUGGACUUGAAGGCGAGUCUUGACCCGGAAAACGCAUUGCUAAGUUCUUGGACCGUUUCAGGGGACCCGUGCGAUCGUUCCUUUGAAGGAGUGGCGUGCAAUGAGAAGGGUCAAGUGGCUAACAUUUCGCUCCAGGGGAGAGGACUCUCCGGGAAGCUGUCGCCGGCGGUGGGACGGCUCGAGCACUUGACGGGGCUGUACUUGCACUACAACUCCUUGUAUGGGGAGAUACCCCCAGAGAUUGCAAAUUUGACUAAGCUCAGCGAUCUCUACUUGAAUGUUAAUAAUCUUUCAGGGGAGAUUCCUCUUCAACUUGGAAAAAUGGCUAGCUUACAAGUUCUACAAUUAUGUUAUAACCAGCUCACUGGAAGCAUACCCACUGAGUUUGGUGAUCUUGAGAAGCUGAGUGUCCUUGCGCUGCAAUCUAAUAAUUUAACGGGUGCUAUCCCUGCUAGCUUGGGCAAAUUGGGAUUGUUGAAGAGGCUGGACUUGAGUUUUAAUCAUCUCUUUGGUUCAAUUCCUUCAAAACUUGCUGACAUGCCUCUACUCGAAGUUCUGAAUGUCCGCAACAAUACACUUUCCGGCAAUGUCCCUCUUGCUUUCAAGAGAUUUGUCGAUGGGUUUCAGUAUGAGAACAAUCCAGGAUUGUGUGGAGCUGGUUUCCUAUCCUUGAGAGCUUGCACUUCUUUGAAUCAUCCAAAUCCUAACAGACCUGAGCCUUAUGGAGCUGAUUCAAAUGGUUUCUCUACAAGAGAUAUUCCAGAAACAGCAAAUCUGAACUUAAGUUGCAGUGGCAGUCAUUGCUCAACUGCAUCUAAAUCCUCACAGGCAUCAGUUGUUGUUGGAGUGGUCAUAGUUACCGUUAUUGGGUCAGCUUUAGGAAUUCUUGUCUUCUCGCGGUAUAGGCAAUGGAAGCAGAAACGGGGUGGUGCACUUGAUGCAUCUGAUAGCAGUCUGCAUACUGAGCAUGCCAAGGACGUUAACAAGAAGAAUGGCUCACCACUCGUUAGCCUUGAAUAUGCAAGUGGAUGGGAUCCUUUGGCUGAGGGUCGGCGUUAUGGUGGGGUUCCCCAGGAGGUUUUUCAAAAUUUUAGGUUCAAUCUAGAAGAGGUGGAAUCAGCUGCUCAGAACUUCAUAGAUAAGAAUCUAUUGGGCAAGAGCAACUUUUCAGCAACCUAUAGAGGAACUCUAAGAGAUGGAUCAGUUGUUGCAAUUAAGAGAAUCACCAAAAUCAGUUGCAAGUCUGAGGAGGCCGAGUUUUUGAGAGGUUUGAGCAUUCUGACCUGCUUUAGACACGAAAAUUUGGUCAGGUUAAGAGGAUUCUGCUGUUCUAGAGGUCGGGGAGAGUGUUUUCUUGUUUAUGAUUAUAUUCCAAAUGGAAACUUAUUACGCUAUCUAGAUGUGAAAGAGGGUGAUCCUGAGGUUCUUGAAUGGUCCACCAGAAUCGGUAUCAUAAGUGGUGCUGCUAAAGGAAUUGAGUACUUGCACGGAUGUAAGGUGAAUAAACCAGCUAUAGUCCACCAAAAUAUAUCUGCUGAGAACAUUCUACUUGACCAGCGAUUUAAACCUUUGCUUUCCAAUUCGGGCCUGUACAAGCUUCUCACGAAAGAUACUGUCUUCUCAGCCCUCAAGGCAAGUGCUGCCAUGGGAUAUCUAGCUCCAGAGUACAGUACUACAGGGCGGUUCACUGAGAAAAGUGACGUUUAUGCUUUUGGGGUUCUCAUUUUCCAAAUAAUCUCUGGGAAGCGGAAGUUCAACAAUUCAAUGCGUACUGCUGCUGAAUCUUGCCGGUUCCAUGAUUUUAUAGAUAAAAAUCUUCAAGGGAGAUUCUCAGAGGGUGAAGCUGCAAAGCUUGCGAAAAUUGCUUGGACAUGUACUCAUGAAUGCCCAGAGGAGCGACCAUCCAUGGAAACAAUUGUACGAGAACUGGGUAACCACACUAACCUCUGCUGAUGCUUGCCAAGACCUUGCUGUUGCCUGAGCAACUUUCGUGUCUUCAGUUCAUGCAACAGAUAGGAUGCUACUAACCUCUUAUUAGCACUACGCCUCUAGGAUUUACUGAUGUAGCUAGGAUUUGGUUUCUUCCACUGGUAUUAGGGCCCUUAGAGAACGCUGUCUUGUUUCUUGAUGCUUUUGUAGCGUAAUUACACCUUAACUUUAGCAUUUAUAUAUGCGGGAUUUCUGUUGUGCUUGA